GGAGGAUCUGGCAACCCCGCGAGCUGCCUGGGCGCUUUGGUGAGCUCGUGAGGACAGCACGAGCGCUGAGUUGGAGUUUGGAGCUCAGCACGAUCACAUGCGGAUCCGCGUUUAUAAAGUGGGAUGGUGAGAGGGGGGCGCGCGUGAGGAGAUGGGCUGCGCCUCGGCUAAGCAGGUAUCGGCCGUGCCGAGUGACGACGAGGGCCGAGGAAAGGCCUACAGCAACGGAGACGUCUACUCCGAUGAGUACAGGAUGAAAGGGGUCGAGGAGGUGAAGUACAUGCGCGGAGAGGAAGACCGUGUAAACGCACGCAACCAGGAGAAUCUGGAAAAAAGUUCAGCACAGAACAAAACAAAGCUGCACAAAGAGGUGCCAGGAGCCAACGCCAACAGGCCCAAUAUUCAUACGUCAGAGAGUCAGCAGGAGUUCUUCAGAAUGCUGGACGAGAAGAUUGAGAAGGGACGAGACUACUGUUGGGAGGAAGAGCGAGCGAGAGAGAAUGAGAGAAAAACAGAGAGAACAUUCCCUUCUAUGGAGUGAAUUUAAAUCAGUGUUUUGUCUAUAAUUGUUCACAUUGGAACAGAGAGAGAGAGUGUGUGUGUGUGUGUGUGUAUGCGUGCAUGUGUGUGUGUGUGUGUGUGAGAACGUAAAAGCGAGUGUGAGCCUGCGAAAAGGGAAUUUCCCUCGAGAACUAUAACUCCGCCCCCUCACCCAACAUCCUCCUGCUUCCAUCUACGGUGGAAUAAUGAAAUGGACGUUUUGAUGGACAUCAGUCUGAGCAACCGAUCUACUGAGGAUUUAACCCCGCCCCUCUGCACCCCCUGCCACAACCUGAUUGGUUGCUUAUGGAUGCACAACUUCCUCCUGGACUGUGAGAGACAAUGAGACGAAAAGGAUGAAAAGGGAAACAGGAUGUUUUUGUGUCCUCGGGCAGAAAACAUGGGACGAAAUGUGUGUGUGUGUGUGUGUGUGUAUGUGUGUGUGUUUGAUAUGUAAAGAAAAACAGAAGAGAUAUUUUAAUAAGAGAGUUAUGAGGGAUGGAAAAAUUUGAACUCCUGCCUUUUGAAGGACUUUUUUUUUUAUUUGUGUAGUUUUCAUUUCUAUUAUUAUUUUUGUUGUUGUUGUUUUGUUUUUUUUGGCUCAUAUUAUAGCACAGUGCCCUCUUCAGACUAAAGAUGUAACGGACGGGACCACACUGACCCCUUACACACCCUUCACACACACACACUUGCAGAUCUGGCAUCGCCCCGCCUUGCUGUCGAGUUCUCGAACCUGAUUGGUCAGAAGGUCUUGAUCAAAUUUUCUCUAACAGUAGCACAGGUUUGUAUCAAAGCCCUCCCUCAUUUUAAUACUCAUUUCUAUGGCAACAGCCGUGUCACAGGGACUCGAGAAUAAGCCGGACGAUCCACACAAACCCGCGGCUGAUAAUAAUCUGAUUAAACACCUCACUCUAAACAUCUCAGAGCGUACAGAUCAAACUCCAGAAGUAAUGGCACCCAUUUCACCUUUUCUUUGACUUGCAGAAAUGCUUCGUCACUCUUCAGGGGUUCUGCUGGUCAAGAACCUCAUGGUUCUAUAUAGAACCCCAAGAACCCUAUUCUUUUUAAGUGUGCACAAUGUGACCUUGUUUCAAAUAGAACUUGUUGGUAAGUAUGAGAUUUCAAGCUAAUAAAACACAGUUGAAGGGUUUUACACUUCAGAUCUGACCCCUGGGGAUGGACAACACUGAAUCCCGGCUCUUCUUAAUCUUAGAACUUUCCUAAACCCUUCAUAAGGGUUUAGGAAACCUUCUUCUAAUUGACGUAUUUUUGCUUGUGUCUCGGCAACCCUGAUUGUCCUAAAUCCAGCGAGUGACCUCUUUAAAUAAUGGCUCGUCUCACGCUUUCGCGUCAGUGAUGAGAAAAAUGUUGCUAUGUAAAUCCUUCUCGGCUGUUUUAAGCCUCCUGAGAGACACAAAAGGCAAGAAAACAAAAGCGAGAGCAAAUUAUAUGAAUGUUUUUUUCUUAUUAUUCUUUGUAGGCUGUAUGAAGAGACUGGUGUUUGAUUGGACAGGGAUGUGGUAGCUUAGUGGUUAGGGUGUUGACCGGAAGGUCAUCAGUUCAAACCCCAGGUCCACCAAGCUGCCACUGCUGGGCCCCUGAGCAAGGCCCUUAACCCUCAAUUGCUUGGUUGUGUAAAUAAAAAAUUAAAUAAAUGAUAAGAGCGUCCGCCAGUAUAGCGUCAAGGUUUACAUGACCAGCCGUUCGUCGUUGAUUUCCAGCUUCCUCUAAUUUUUCAUUCAGUUCCUUAAAACAGUCUUCUUCCUCUUAUUAUUAUUAUUAUUUCUGACAGGCGUCCAGUUUGUAUUGAACAGACUCUUCCCCUGGUCACUCCGGGUUGACAUGUUUUCCAUCACCGCCGGACGUCAUUUUUAUCUAUUUUUUUCUUCAAUAGCUACAGUUUACACAUCGUUCUGGGUUUCCGUGACGGAACAUGAGGUCUUCGUGCGCUGUUCAGUCUGUUCUGAUCGGGAUGUCGUGACGUUGUAACGCCGCAUCGUUCCGCAAAGUAGAGUUUACAUUAAAAACAAAAAACGCACCGAUCCUGCGUCAUGACCCCAGGAAAAACCCGGAUCCCGUGUGACACGUGUGAAACGUCCCUCUAAAUGGGGUUAAAAGCGAUGUUUAGGAUGACGAUAAGCGAUACAGUGGAGUCAGAUGUGAAACCUGCUCAGGGGGAUCUACCAGGGUUAUUGAGAUGUUUGAGAAACCCUGCUUUAAAUCAGCUUCAGUUUAUUUAUUUGUAUAGUGCUUUUAACAAUGCACAUAGAAUAAAAAUAAAAAAUUUUGAAGUUGGUAUUCAUCCCUAACAUUUAUCCCUAAUGAGAAGCCUGAGGUGACGAAAAGGUGGUGAUGGAAAAACUCCCUGAGAUGAUCCGAGGAAGAAACCUUGAGAGGAACCAGGCUCAGAAGGAAACCUUUAUCCUCAUUUGGGUGACACUGGACAGGAAAUGAUGUCAGUGUAAAUAACAUCCUUUAAAUGACGCAGUAGAGUGUAACGCAGGACACACACACACACACACAGGACUAUGUUAACUGACAAAAACACAUCCAUCAGAUGUAAACAGACGAGCACAGACCCUGUGAAAGAGCUGAUAUGAUAUCAGCAUGAGACACGAGAUCCAUCCACAAGCCCCACCCCCUGUCUGCUCUGUCAGCCAAUCAGGAAGAGCAAAAAUAUAUAAAUAAAAUGCUUAACACUGUUGACUCUAAUUUCAUUCUAUGAACCUUCACAGUGUGUUAUCUAAAUUUUUUUAUUUAUUUAUUUAUGAAUAAGUGGUAUUUUCCAGACUGGUGUUUUCCAGGUUGGGAAAUUUUCCACCUCCUCAGCUGUUUUUUAUCGGACCGAUCUGGGAAGUGGUGGCUGUCAUCCCAACCCACCUCGCCUGGGACCCCCCCAGCACCCCCCACCCCACCCCCACCCCACCUACAGUGUACAGGUCUGGGUUGCUUUGAGAAAACACUGGAUUUUCCAAAAUGUGGGAAAAUGUCAAUCUGGCAACCUGACCAGUAUUUUGUGCUGUGUUUUAUAGUAGCCUCACACACACACACGCGCACACACACACGCACACACACACACACACACACACAGGGAGUGUGAGAGGUGGUGAGGUGACAGUGUGACUCCGGCCUGUUCCCCGCUUCUGUUUUUUCCUGAAUAUCCUCCUUUUUUUGGGGAAUGAUGUUAUUUUCA